CCCCCUCCUCCGCAUCCGCCCCGACGCCCGCCAUAGUGUGUGUGAUCUCGCCAUGGAGAAGAUCACGGACAAGAUCGCGGCUCUGCCGCCAGACACGAAUUACUUUUCGCUGGAGUUCUUCCCUCCCAAGACCAAGAUGGGUUUCGCCAAUCUGCAAGCUCGUCUGGAGCGCAUGGCCCAGGCUUUGCGUCCGCUGUUCGUCACCGUCACCUGGGGCGCUGGAGGAAGUACCGCCGCGAGAUCUCUGGAACUGGCCGAGAUUUGCCAGCGCCAGCUGCAGUUGACGACAUGUCUACACCUGACCUGCACGAACAUGAGCCGCGCUCUGGUCGACGAGGCCCUCGAGGAGGCCAAGGUGCUGGGAAUCAGGAACAUCCUCGCCCUCCGUGGUGACGCGCCUCGUAGUGAGGAAUAUAAUAUCCAUGGGGAGGACGACAGCAACCGGGACUUCACCUUCGCGGUGGACUUGGUGCGGUACAUCAAGCAACAAUACGGCGACUACUUCUGCAUCGGUGUCGCUGCGUACCCCGAGGGUCACCCCGCCGACAACUUCCAGGAUGGACAGGAUCCGGAGAGGGAUCUGCCGUACCUGGUCGAGAAGACGCAAGCGGGCGCGGAUUUCAUCAUGACUCAGUUGACCUAUGAUCUGGAGGCAUACACCAAGUUCGAGACCAGACUACGGAACCACGAAUCGGGCGCCUUCAAGACCAUCCCCAUCCUCCCUGGUCUGAUGCCCAUUCACAGCUACAAGAUCCUGACGAGAGUGACGAAGCUCAGUCAUGUCCAAGUCCCGCCCCAUAUUCUGGCCAAGUUGGAGGAGGUGAAGCAUGACGACGAUGCCGUGAAGCGUAUCGGUGUGGACAUUAUCAGCAACAUCGUGCAUGGCAUCCGGGAACUUCCCAACUCCGGGCAGCGCGGUUUCCAUUUCUACACGCUGAAUCUGGAGAAGACAGUCUCCUUCAUUCUCGAGCGCUGUGACCUCAUCCCUCCUUACUCUGAAUACGAUGAUGGCGAGGCACUGGCGGACGGCGGAAACCUGUCUGCUCUCGACUCCUCGUCGUAUCUCGCCCCGAAUGGAGCCCAGAUCCGCAACCUCACCAGUCGCCGUUCGUCCGUCAGCUCUAUCCCCCACAACCGUGUUAUUGUCGACAAGCUCCAGGCCUCCGAAGCAUCCUCAAACCACUCCGUCACGCACGAGGCGUUGGCCUUGAGCGCAGGCCUACCCGCCCAGCCACCAGACCGCAGCACGACCCUCCAGAUCUCGGAAGGUCUGGGUGCUCUCGGCAGAGAAGCCACCUGGGAUGAUUUCCCCAACGGUCGUUGGGGUGACGCUCGCUCCCCCGCCUUCGGAGAAAUCGAUGGCUACGGACCGUCCCUGCACGUCCAACCGUCCGUCGCCCGCCGCAUCUGGGGUUUCCCCGUCACCCGCGAAGACAUCAGCGCGCUCUUCCGCCGCCACGUCUCCGGAGAACUGCACAUGGUGCCGUGGUCUGAGGGCGGCGCCGAAGAGAACACCAGCGGCCUGAACGCCGAGACCGCCGUCAUCCGCUCCGAACUUCUCACCCUGAUCGACAAGAAGAACUGGUGGACGCUGGCCUCCCAGCCUGCCAUCAACGGCGUCCGGAGCGACGACCCCAUCUUCGGCUGGGGCCCUCCCGGCGAGGGCUUCGUCUUCCAGAAGCCCUUCGUCGAGUUCUUCUGCCCGGACAAGGACUUCCAAUCCGUCCUCAAGCCCCUCUUCCAGAAACACGGCCACGAGAAACUCGCCUGGUUCGCCACCAACGCCGCCGGCGACUUCGAGUCCUCCCUGCCCGGCCCCAACCCUGACGACGCCGACCCCAUCGACAUCAACCCGGCCAACGUCAACGCCGUCACCUGGGGCGUCUUCCGCGGCAAGGAGAUCGUCUCCCCCACCAUCAUCGAGGAAGUCAGCUUCCGCGCCUGGGGCGACGAGGCUUACCGCAUCUGGGACGAAUGGCGUCGCAUCUACCCCAAGAACUCCGCCUCGGAGCGCUUCCUCGACCAGACCAAGAACGACGUCUGGCUCGUCUGCGUCGUCGGGCAGGAAUUCGGAGCCGGUACCGAGGUCGGCUCCGAGGAGGAAGAGGACGAGGUUAAGUGGAUGUGGAGGGAAUUGGCUAACUGCUAGUCAAGUCAUUAUACAUUCCCCAAUCACUCAACCCCUCAACCACUCAACUAUCUAUCUAUCCUCCUUUAAUCCCUGCCCGCUGGCUUGGUCAGGGUAUCCUACUUGCUUUGCUUUACGUGGUAUGUGGUAUGUGUAGUACAUAAUAAGUACUAUGUAUGAUGUUUAUAAUUUUGGUUUUGGUUUUGGUCUUUUUUUUUUUUUUUUUUUUUUUUU